AUGCUUGCUGAUAAUUACUUUCUUAGAAGUACUAGUCAGAAUGCAGAAAUAAGUAAUCAGGCAGUAUUCUGGGAACUUUGCCCACCGGGCCUUCAACCGCUGACGGGAAUACGACAUGUGCGAACGUGUGAUGACAGUUGUCCUCGUGGAUCAACGUGUGUGCAAGGGAUCUGUUGCACUCGACAGCCAUCCUGUAACCAUUUCACUUACAAGUAA